AUGGCGGCAUUCAGAGCAACGCCGAAGAAGCAUCGCAGCAGCUUCUCCUUCACUGCUGUGGAUUUUCGUAACGAAGACACUCCACGCAACGCAACUGCCAGAGAUCUCUCUUGUGCUCCUGACUUGGCCGACGGAACUGGUCAAGCCGCGCAAACACCUCUCCAAUGUCGAAGCCACACUCGCCGACACAGCCAGGACUGGAGCGCUGGACGGUUGCCCGAUCCGCCUCUUGAACUCGUCACAAAUCCCAAAGAGCUCAUCCCAAGACUUCUCAGUGGCAAUGGAGUCUGCCUCGUGGGACGCCGUAUCCGCAAGCAAGGUGCAUUGCACAAAAGCGGAAAGUAA